UAUUCACACAUGCAGAUGAAUCCCGCGCGGUUUCCAUGGUUCCCGGGCCGCGACCCCGCGGGCCGGAAGAACAGCCGGAGUCCGUGGGCGCCCAGGGCUGAGCCCUGGGCCGGGCACCCUGGCGCCCCUCAGGGGUGCCUGGACACGAGACCCCAUCAGCAGGCCAACUCAACGCUUUCACAGGCACCACCUGGGGACACAUGCCUCCCCCUGGCCCGGAUGUCUGACCCAUGGCAGAAGGCCGCCAGCUGCAGCAGGCUAUGUGGACAGAUGCAGGCUGGGAUGGAUCCCACAAACCUCGGCCAAACCCAGCUAACAUCCAGGUGCGGGAGCUAAGCUGGCGAGGCCUGCCCAACCCCUGCCCCCAGAGCCAGGGCCCAGGCAGCCCCAGGGAACAGCUGGAGGAGACACACCUGUGCCCCAGCCGGCUGCAAGCCCUGGCCGGGGUAGAAGACCUCCGUCUAGUACAGGUUCUGCAGAUGUGUGUGGACACCCGCAGGGGCAGCCUGGGGAACUUUGGAGUGCACCUGCCCAAGCUGAGACAGCUGAAGUUGAAUGGCAGCCAUCUGGGCUCCCUCAGGGACCUGGGCAGCUCCCUGGGCCACCUGCAGGUGCUGUGGCUGGCCCGCUGCGGCCUGGCAGAUCUGGAUGGCAUCAGCUCCCUGCCUGAGCUAAAGGAGCUCUACGUCUCCUACAAUGACAUCUCAGACCUGAGCCCGCUGUGCCUGCUGGAGCAGCUGGAGGUGCUGGAUUUGGAAGGCAACAGUGUGGAAGACCUGGAGCAGGUGCAGUACCUGCAGCUGUGCCGGCGCCUGGCGACACUCACUCUGGAGGGCAACCUGGUGUGUCUGCGGCCAGCCCCUGGCCCCUCCGGAGAGGCACCCAAGGGCUACAACUACAGGGCAGAGGUGAGGCGGCUCCUCCCACAACUGCAGGUCCUGGAUGAGGUGCCGGCUGUCCAGACAAGUCUGCCGGCCCCUCAGCCCCUCACCCAGGACUGGCUCCUGGUCAAGAAGGCCAUCAAGCAGGCCAGUGUCCUGGACAGCCUGCUCCCUAGGCCGGGUGGAGCCCUCAGAAUCCCCGAGUGUGGACUGGACUUGGCUCUGCCUGGGCCGCAGCCCCAGGUUCCUGAAGACCACAGUGACCAUGCCAGCAGCCUCACCCACGGUGGUGGCCAAGUCCUGUGUGGGAAUCCCACCAGAGGCCUGUGGGAGCGCAGGCAGCAAGAGCAGGCCUGGGCCUCUGCCGAGCAGUUGCCCUGGUGUGGGCCAGCAAAACUUGCUGCCAGCACCCCAGGCCCAGAGCCCACACCUGCACAGAGCUACACUGACCACCUGGCUGUGGCUGGGCUUCAGCCCCAGAUGGAACUUGACCUGUGGCCCUUGGACCUCCAGCACCACAGAGCUGCAGCCCCCUGGGCCCUGCAGAGGGUCCCUGAGGUAAAAGAGGACCAGGCUGGUCCCAGGAUUUGCUGCAGCCCCCUAAGCCUGCCCACCCAGCUCCGGAGCCCCAGAGUAACUGACCCCCACCUUGGGGUGGUCUCCCUCACCUCUGACCUGCAGGACCCUGAAGCUUACAACACAGAACCCUCUGGGAGCUUAUGCUGUACCCUGGCACUUUCGCCCCCCAAGUACCCCCUGGCUUCCAGGGGCAGUCGCACCCCCGGCUCCACAGAGCUGUUGCUCAGGGGGUGGCGGCUUCGAGCCCUGGGCGGCCUGACGGCGCUGAGGACCGCGGAGGUGGCCUCGGGCCCCCCAGCACAGGGACAGCCGGACACAAAGGUAGCGGCAGAGGCAGCAGCAGGGGUCCAGGGCCUGCAGCACCUGCCACCCCUAAACCCGCUCACCCCGACCCCUGCUCACCCUUAGCCCAACCCCUGGGCAGGUACACUGGGCUAUGAGGUGGGCCUGGUCCCAACCAGUCCUUUGGGUAAAAGGAAGCAGAAGACAGAAGCCCCCCAAGGU